AGUUUGAGUCGCUUUAAUAUAGAGGUAGUGAGGGGCGGACUGAAGUAGAUAGCUUUUAACGGCUUUGCAGGUAGAUAGGUAUUUUUAUUAGCUGAAUUAAGAGUGGAAUGGACAGAAAUAUGGUUAAACAGAUUCGUGCUCUGUUUCGGGCUGUGAUUUAGAAGUGUUUCUUUAACUCAAUGACAACGACUUUAUAGACGUUCCCUAACUUAACUUCUCCAACUCCCACCCCUUCCGGCAAUGCAGCCAAUCAUCGGCAUUUCUUUUCUUUGGCUGUUCCGCAUAUCUCGCAGGUUUUAACAAUCAACAGAAACUUCUUUUGGAAAAAUGUCUUCACCGUCCUCAGAAUCAUCUAAUGCUAAAAGCAGCCCUCCCAAGGAGGAGUAUCGCACCCCUGGACUUAGAGGGGUAAAGACAACCACCCUGUUCAGAGCGGUGAAUCCUGAGCUUUUCAUCAAACCUAACAAACCAGUAAUGGUGUUUGGAAUUGUCACAAUCACAAUGUGUGUUGCCUACAUUGCUUACUUACAUGCAACAGAAGAGAACAAAAGGGAAUUAUAUGAAGCUGUUGACAGUGAAGGAAACAGGUACACAAGAAGAAAAUCUUCCAAAUGGGACUAAAUCAUAACCAGACUGAAACAAAUAAUCUGAAUAUAAAUAAAGAAAAUAAUCUUUGGAUCUGGAUUGGUGCUGCCAUUUCAUUACGCAGAAGGAAUAUAUUCAUCACAUUUUAAUGAAAGGAGUUAAACCACUAGCUUACUUAUAUACUUUUUGGCUUCCUAGCUGGCUUCUUUCAAAUGAGUUGGGCUUGGACAUUUAUGUGGUUCUACUGCCAAAACUGUUUUGUUUUGAAAGAAAAAAAGUUUGAUCCCAAGGAAAUUGUGCUGAUGGGAAGACAUGGACAUGAUUAAUAAAUCAUGCCAGUAUUUUAGUUAAUAUUGACCUCAGUUCUAGAGUGCCAUGAAAACCCUUUUUUUUGCAGCAUCUUAAAAUAAAACCUCCCUUUUUAAUAGCAAA